UUCUCGCCGGCAGGGGACGCGGGCGGCCACAGCCGACUCCCGAGUCAGCCCGCCCCUCGUCCUGCCUCCCUACCCUACGGAGCUUUCACCCUGGCGCCUGAGCCAUGCAUAAGGCGGUACUGCGGAUAGGCGGCUGUGCUCAGGCGUGGAAAUCGGCGAGGAUGGCUAGUUCCGGAAUGACCCGCCAGAAACCGCUCGCGAAUAAGGUGGCCCUCGUUACGGCCUCCACCGACGGGAUCGGCUUUGCCAUCUCCCGGCGUCUGGCCCAGGACGGGGCCCAUGUGGUCGUCAGCAGCCGGAACCAGGAGAACGUGGACCGCGCAGUGGCCACGUUGAAGGGGGAAGGGCUCAGCGUGACAGGCACCGUGUGCCACGUGGGGAAAGCCGAGGACCGGAAGCAGCUGGUGGCCACGGCUGUGAAACUUCAUGGAGGUAUUGAUAUCCUGGUCUCCAAUGCUGCCGUCAAUCCCUUCUUUGGAAACCUGAUGGAUGUCACUGAGGACGUAUGGGACAAGGUUCUAGACAUUAAUGUGAAGGCCACAGCCUUGAUGACAAAAGAAGUGGUGCCAGAGAUGGAGAAACGAGGGUACAGCGAAGGUGGCUCAGUGGUGAUUGUGUCUUCCAUAGCAGCCUUCUCUCCACAUCUUGGCCUGGGUCCUUACAAUGUUAGUAAAACAGCCUUAUUGGGUCUUACCAAGAACUUGGCCUUAGAGCUGGCUCCGAAGAACAUUAGAGUGAACUGUUUGGCACCUGGACUCAUCAAGACUAAUUUCAGCAGUAUGUUGUGGAUGGGCGAGGCAAGAGAGGACAGCAUAAAAGAAAUCAUGCGUAUUAGAAGGCUUGGCAAGCCAGAGGAGUGUGCAGGCAUCGUGUCUUUUAUGUGCUCUGAAGACGCCAGCUACAUCACAGGGGAGACAGUGGUGGUAGGGGGAGGAACUCCAUCCCGCCUCUGAGGUUCUCCCUUGUGAUAGGGUCCCAGCUCUCCCGUCUCAAAGAGCGGUCUGAUGAGGGUUCUCACUGUUGCUGUAGCCUUGGAUAAAGACUUCCCUUGAGAACACAGUGCAAGCCUGCUGAGAAGCCUGCAUCUACCUUGGCAAAGACCAACAAAUUUUUUUCCCUAGGUCUCUAGGGAAUCUGAAGGGAGAUGGGGGAGAACUUGAAGUAGAAGGAGCAGGCCUGGAAAUUAACAGCUUGCAAAUGAGGUGCAAAUAAAAUGCAGAUGACCGCCUUG